AAAAAUCGAAAAUAUAAAUCUUCCGUCAGAUUCACUGGAAUUGAAGAUGACGAUCUUUUGUCCAUCACUGAGCCAUCGACGCCUAACAUCACUGAGCAAGCUCAGCAACUCAAGAAAACAUUUUCCUUUGAUACGCUCUAUAAACUUAGCAGGGACACAAAACAUAGGGAUAAGCUACAACGGGAAGUUCUCAGCAGUGUUUGGAGACCCAAAAACCAGAAACCAAGGAAACCGAAGGAUUUUGAACGACUUUUGGUUUAUGCGACUAGAGGCUCAGCGCGCACCUUUGUGUUGACUUUUGGUAUGCGUUUGACUCUCAAUAUUAUCCUAGCAUUGGUCUCACUUUUCAAAACUCGCAAGUUGACUGGAAAGUUACUCAAACGUGCAUUAUUCAGCGCUGAACCGCUCAGGUUUGGCUCACAAUUUGCUGUUUUUGUUUGGUUGUGGCGUUUCAUUCAUCACGCGCUUAGGAUUAUGGAUGGAAAACAUAAACGCUGGCAUGCCUGGGUUGCCGGUGCUAUUUCCUCACUUGGCUCUCUCAUUGAAACUCGCAGCAACCGGUUGGCGCUAGGUCAACAAUUGACUGUUCGCGGGCUUCAUGGUAUGUACAGAUCAUGCAAAGCGAGAAAUUGGAUUAGUAUACCGUAUGGAGAGUUUGUCAUUUUUGGAUUAGCUUGUGGACAGAUCAUGUAUGCCUGGAUUAUGUCUCCUGACACUAUACCCAAGGCAUAUAACGAUUGGAUUCAACAAGCUUCGAAAGUACCACCUGAGGCUAUCCCUAUGCACAGACAGCUCGUCAGGACGGGCACUUAUAACUCCCAAAGUCUUUUGACAUCACUAGCACAAAGGAAGCCGACACCAAAGAACAAACUUCGUUUGCUUAAAUUGCUUCAAGAUCUUCAAAAUGGAGAAAACAGAUUAUUACCAUAUAUCCCACCCGCUGUUUUGAAUCCAUGGGUUGAAGGUAUCCUACCAAUGGCAAUCGAAAGAUUCUAUAUGAUCUUUCUCGACAUUUUACCUGUCUAUGCCUCACUGCAUUUCAUACCAGCUUUGACAUUAAAGAGAAAGCAGUUCAGUGAAGACCCUGGAGAAGCAGUUUUACGCACUACAUUAUCUAGCUUCAGAUCAUCAGCAUUUUUGGCUACUUUUGUCGUCAUAUACCAUAGCUGGUUUAGUUCCAAGCAUGCUUUAUACAGACUCCAUAAGGAUAACUUACCGUCCUGGUUGUCAAACUUCUUGAUAUCGAAGGAAUCUUUAUGGGUCGGUGGUUUCUUAACUUGCGCCAGUCUUGCUGUCGAAGAGAAGAAAAGACGAUCGGAACUCGCUAUGUAUGUUCUUCCAAAGGCAAUGGAAAGCGCUUGGACGACUGCAAGACGCAAAAAAUGGCUACCACAUAUCCCGCUCGGUCCUGAACUUCUCGUCAUGUUUGGAACAGCUUCUCUUAUGCAGGCAUACACUCACGAACCACAAGUAUUGUCAGGAUUAGUUCACACACUUAUUUACCAAUUCAUUGGUAAUGUACACUAAGCAAUUUCUCUUCUAUCUUUCACAAAUUAAUUGUUGUAAUAAUAUUACG